AGAAGUAAACCGUCUAUGGUGGUCCAGUUACACAACUACUGCCACAACGUACGUGUUUCUUUGGACUGGAAGCUGCCCUCGUGUCUAGCGCAAGAGAUCGACAAUGAAUUACAUGAUGAAGACGAGCGCAAUCUGCCUGCUACUGGUAUCGGUGGCAACCCUGACAGCCGCCGCUCCUGCAUCCGAAAUUAUUUCUACAAACCUGGUGAAGGAUGUAUGCAAGGCGGGAACGGUGUCGCUGACUGACGUCAUCAAAAUCGCAGCGGAAGCGGAAGUGACGAAACAGGAGAUGUCCGAGAUGAAAGCCCUGCUGAACAAAAAAUGCCCAGAAGACAGUAAAGAUGACGUCAUUACCGUCGGGUUGAACCAAAUCGGACAGUUGCAGAAGCAGAUGUUGACUGACAUGAAGGGACUCACCAAUCUAGUUAACAAAAUGGCUUUCGAGAAAGAAAUUGGUGGACAAGAGGGCACUGAAAAUCAAAAUGGCGGCGAACCAUCUGAUCCCGUGACUCGGCCAGCGCCUGCGCCAGGAGACACGUGCUUCACAGCCGAACGGACCUGCUACACCGGCUAUGGUCACUACUACCGCGGUGAAGUAAACGUCACCCGUAGCGGGAGGACCUGCCAGGCCUGGACCGACCAGUCUCCACACGCGCACACGAGGACAACACAUAACUACCCCCAUGACGACCUGGUAGGUAACUACUGCAGGAACCCUGACAUAGAGUCCAUGCCGUGGUGCUACACCACGGAUCCAGGGACUCGUUGGGAGGUGUGCGACAUCUCGACAUGUUAGUGAGACAGAGGUGGGGAAAUAUACGUGUACGUCUUAAUGCUAAGGGCAUAUCCACACCUAUCUAACAUGGCGGCCAUGACAGAUCGAAAACGAGGCCAAUGCAUCCUCCUGUACGCAGGGACAUCCAACGAUGAAACCGCCU